UUCAGUUGCUCCGUUCAUUAUCGGAGCAAAUGUUGUCAUUUCUUCAUUAGUUUUUCGUUCACAAAAAUCGAUAACUACGUGAUAAAGAUGGCAAUCUGGUACUGAAGUGAUUAAAAACCCGAAAUUAGUGAUGUUUAUAAUUUUUUUUUGAGAGAAUAAUUUGGAUUCAGACAUGGACGUAACCUGUUUUGGGAGUUUGCCAGUGGCUGGACAUUGUUGACUUCACCCAGCUGUAAAUACCUCAGGGAUUUUGGUGCUGGUCACGAUAUAGUGAAGAGAUGUAUCCAAAUAACGGAAACCUCACGCGGAGGGGUCCACAGAGGGGUCAGUCAGCAGUGGAGACUGAUCCUCUGAAUGCGAGAAGACCCCCAGAAAUGAAUCGUCUUCCACCUACUAUUGCAGAGCAGUUCAGGGAGUCUUGGCUGACAACUAUUAUUGGGUCUAUUUUAUUCGCCACUGGAAUGUGCCUUCUCUUCUGGAAUGAGGGGAGGGCAGCAUCGGUGGCUAGAUCCCUGGACGAAGCUCUGGAGAACGUAGCCACGAUCACAGACCUGAAGACUAUUCCAAAAGAAUACGAAGGGAAAUUGGUCCAUCUCUCAGGAGCAAUCUGGACCUCUGAACCUCUCACCGAGCCUGAUUAUGGAGUCGUUGUUGAGGGGAUUAAAUUAAAAAGAAGAGUUCAAGUUUAUCAGUGGGUGGAGAUCGAGGAAGAGAGAACUUACGCCGGUGAAGUCCAAGAGGACAAAAACUACUACUACACAACGGAAUGGCGCGACAAGCUGAUCGACUCCGACUCCUUCUACAUCCGCACUGGCCACGAGAACCCUAAAGAAGUCCCCAUAAAGAGUCAAGUCCAGAUAGCGGACGAAGCAGGCAUAGGUGGGAUAAAAUUGGGCUUGGACCUCAAGAAGAAGUUCACCGACUUCAUUGAGAUCACCAGCGACCAGAGGCCUGAGCGCAGGGACAUAAAAAUGCACUCUGGUCUCUACUAUCACGCAGCAGACCUCUGGAAUCCACGAGUCGGUGACUUGAGGAUUUUAUUCUCCUACGCUGGGAAGGUUGGCGAGAUUUUUUCAGUCGUUGGCAAGUUGGAGAAGGGAACUAUUGUUCCUUAUGUCACGUCCAGGGGGGAGGAGAUCCUUCUGCAGAGGAAACACAGACUCACGGUGGACAGAAUGUUUCAUCUGGAGCAUGUAAAUAAUUAUUGGCGCACGUGGACCAUCAGGGGUCUAGGUUGGCUAGUCCUGUUCGUAGCCGCCAGCUGUCUCGCCAACAUCUUAACAACAAUAAUCCAAAACUCCUCGUUCCUCUGUGGAAUAAUAGCCAUUGAUUCACUGACAAUGUCAGUCUCCAUGUCGAUCAGUCUUCUAGUCAUUGGAUUCGCCUGGGUGUGGUACAGGCCGAUCGUAGCUCUCUGCCUGGCUUUUGCAGCAAUGGUUCCUUUCAUCUAUUCGACGUUCACAUCGUGUAAUAGGCAAAAUCAACACAGGGAUCAGUACAGAAGAUUCUGAUCCCUGUUCUUCCGUGUUUGGACAACGAACGUACAAUGUAUUUAUAGAAUUAGUGGUAAUAAAGGUUGAUUUUUA